UUAAACAAACUUUCCAGUAGGACUGCCUGCUUCCCUUCGCACUGCUGUGUUGGAACCAGACAAAAGGAGUUUCAGGGACUUCUAGAUAUUUCUGCCUGAAGCAAAGGCCCAGACCCAGCCGCCACCAUGUCGAGCAAGCGUGCCAAGGGAAAGACCACCAAGAAGCGUCCUCAGAGGGCCACCUCCAACGUCUUCGCCAUGUUCGACCAGUCUCAGAUCCAGGAGUUCAAAGAGGCGUUCAACAUGAUCGACCAGAACAGAGAUGGUUUCAUCGACAAGGAGGAUCUGCAUGACAUGCUGGCUUCUCUGGGUAAGAACCCUUCUGAUGAAUACCUGGAGGGGAUGAUGAGCGAAGCACCAGGGCCCAUUAACUUCACCAUGUUCCUCACCAUGUUUGGAGAGAGGCUCAACGGAACAGACCCAGAGGACGUCAUCCGCAACGCCUUUGCCUGUUUCGACGAGGAGGGAUCUGGUGUGAUCCACGAGGACCAUCUGAGAGAGCUGCUGACCACCAUGGGCGAUCGCUUCACAGAUGAAGAGGUGGACGAGCUGUUCCGUGAGGCGCCUAUUGACAAGAAAGGCAACUUCAACUACGCAGAGUUCACCCGCAUCCUCAAACACGGCGCCAAAGACAAGGAUGACGAGUAGAAGGAGACACCAGCUGCCUCAGGGCCCCCGCACACACACUGCACCACAAAUUAAUCCCUAGUUCCUACCCUCAUGGACCUUUUAGAGAAAUUAAAUAGGAAUAGUUUAUAUCAAAGUCUUUUAUAAAAGGGUAGUGGACAUUUAUUUAGAUUUAAACGGUUAUGAAUGGUAGGAACUUGAGAUUAGUUUGGGACCCGCAGAAACAUUUUGCAAUACACUACUUUAAAAAUUAUGUCAUCAUUGAAGGUUACCAAGAAGGUGUAUUUGUAUCUCAGAGCUACAAGUCUUCAGCCACUGUGACUGCCGGUUGGACUUUUGAGAUGCGAGGUGUGUGCAGGGGUAUUUUUGGACUGUACGAUCCAGUGCCACAUACAGUACCAGCAAUGUUUACCUCUUCCUGCCAAUUAGCUACAACACCUGCACAAGCACUGCAACAGGUCCCCAUAUCUGUAAUAUUUGUAUCUGUUUGUUAGGAAUGGAAAAUAAGUGAUCGUUCUGAUUGUGUUUAUUAAAAACAAUGAUAGAAUGUUUAGCGGUGGAGCUUUUAGUCCAAAGUCUUCCUCCCGUCAGCUGGUUGUGUGUAUUUGUUGAAGGACCAGGUAUGUUUGUGUUGCUGAAGGGAUUCAGUCUUGAAUUGUUGCUCAGGCAAAUAAAGUAAGUUCAUUCAUGCCGUUGACCGCAAGAAAAAAAAAGUAAAGGAAAUGUGUGUUU